AUGCUCCAUUGCCUCCGCCGCACCCUCCCCCUCCUCUCCUCCGCCCGCACGACAAUCCGAACCAUGUCGUCCACAGCCCCCUCCUCACCCAUCAACCUCGUCUCCGUCAACACCCACCCCGACCGGGCUCAGAGAGUCAUCGGCUCUGUCAUACAGAGCGUCAAGGACAAGUAUACCAUCGUGCAUGCUGGCAACAGUACAACUAUCGAGGGUGUCAAGCCUCUGCUCGAAUCUACCGAGUGUCACGUGGCUGUCGCCACUCGACCCAGAAAUAUCUCGAAGCGUCUAGAAUCAUCUUUGCCACUCUGUUGGCCACUGUAG